AGAAGAAUCUGAAAAGAGGAAGUGUGAGUUUUAAUGUUUCUGUUUUUAAACUUGUCUGUUUUAUAUAAAGAGGAAGAGGAGAAGAAGAAAUCAGUUUAUUGUCACAUGGUAACUUGAUGCUGUUUUCAAGCUUCAUCCUCAGAAGAAUGUCCUCCACUCUCUCCCGUCAUGUCCUCUGGGAGUCUGAGGGGCUGGUGGCCUACCUCCACCCAAGGCCCUGGACCCCGGGCUCCGUUAUCCUGGAGAGCCUGACCCCUGGCAGCCCGGGAGGAAGCAUCUUCCACCUGCAGGAGCCGGAGUACCUGUCCUGGCUGCUGGGAGUGAGAGCCGUGUCCCAGCUGCUGUGUGAGAGGUUGGGGGUUCGUAGGUGUGCGCUGGUCAGCAGACCCCACAGAGACAGGCCUGCCCAGAUUUGUGUCCUCCCCUUGCAUUGUCUGGAUGACGAGUGGCGCCCUCACCUGGCCAGAGAGGAGGAGCACAACGCCCAGGACCCGGGCUACUGCACGUCUAAGACAGCCCCCAGGUGGAACGACUCCAGCCUUACUGAAAUCCAAACCAAGAUUCGAGCCAAACUCCCGUCUCCGGACGCCCCCCCCAAUCUGACCUUCCUCGGGGCCGACCCGGCUCACCCCGGGCUGUUCUCGCGCAUCGUGCGUGGGGAGGAGCAGCAGUGGCGCGUGUGGGAGGACGAGGGUCAUGUGGCCUUCCUCACGCCUUUCCCCAACUCCCCUGGACUCACUGUGCUGGUCCCACGCCGACCUUUGACCUCUGAUAUAUUCAGAUUAGAAAAAACGGAUUAUGAAGGAUUGGUGCUGGCGACUCAGAAGGUGUCCCGACUUCUGGAGGAGGGGCUGGGGGCCUCUGGGGUGGGGCUUAUUUUCGAGGGAUUUGAGAUAGAUUAUGCACAUGCCAAGUUGAUUCCACUGUUUUCACCGACGUCAUCAAUGGCGGGAGCUGAACUCACUGAACCUAGAACGCCCCGGUUCUACCCCACAUACCCUGGGUACGUGAGCUCAGAGGACGGACCUGAAGCCAGCCUGGAAGGUCUGAAGGAGAUGCACAACAAAAUGACUCGGGUUUAAAACGAUUCCCACACACAAAAAGAUUACAAAUCCAUGAAAUUAUUUAUUUUCCAAUGGUUAUUUUACUGCAAACAUUAUUCUCACAGUUUCUACUUUGUAGUAAAAACACUUGGAUUCUGGAAAAUCUGCAGAGAUGUGAGGAGGAAACACAGCAAACAAAUAUGAGUUAGAGCUUCUUUUGAAUCCAUCUUUAACUAGUUAUACAAUGUUACAUUAACAGAUUUAAUACAUUUACAACUUAUGCGUUUAAAUAUAUUCUACGACCAUUUACUGCCACUGCAAAUGAUAAAUGAAUGAUGUAAUGUUCAGGGAACUGACAAUAAAGAGUCAGUUUGAACCAGA